AUGUGUCGCCAUCAACCGCAGUGCAGCUACUGGAACUUCCUCGCAAGUUCCGGCACUUGCUACCUGUACACCAGCGGGAUUUGCGCCGCGAAUAACGGAAUACGAAGCGUCUAUUCUCCCAGGGAGCCCGAUUCUUAUGUGGGCGGGCGAUGCAGCUGGCACCGGCAGCACGAGUACAGAUACCAAGCGGAGGUCGUUCCCCCCGCGCGCCCGUAUCAGCAGCUGCGCCCGACGUCCUUCUGCCUCGUCUCCGACGCGCGCCUGCACAUCAACAUGCGCCUCACGGGGUACCUCGAUAACAACCGCUCCGAUAUAAUGGCCGCGCUCGUCGCUGGCGCCAAAGUGCGCACGUGGAUUAGGGAGCUGGGAUUCAUAUGGCGGACCAAUCAGCAAGGCGGAAGCGGGGCGCAGCAUUCCCUUCGGCUGGUCGCGCGGCGCGGCCCGAAGCAGGAGCGCGGCGAGGGGUUCAUGGGGCGAAUCGAGGUGGACGGAAUCGCGGUUCCGCGCCUGGGGUUGGGUGACGAGUUGAGCCUAUUCGACGGAGAAGGCACCGUGACCUACGCGCGACAGGAGAGGAGCAGCAACUACGAUGUGGAUGUGUAUUCUGUCAAGCUGGCAGGGCUGCUGGAGGCGGAGGUCCGGCUGCGCCCAGCCCACCCUUUACUUCAAGAGGAGGAGGACGCGGAGGUGCACCUGAUGCUGGACCUUGGGAGUAUCCGGCACUCGCCCAGAGUGCAUGGCGUGGUGGGGCAGGCGUACAGAGAUGCAGGAUCAAUUCACGACCUCAGCUAUGCCAUCCUGGCAAAUCUCAUGACUCGUGCCCAAUCGGUUGUUGAUGACGUGUCGCUGGGCGAUUGGUCACCGGACUUGAUUGCACCGGGAAGUGGGCUCGAGGGCACAGAAGGUGAGAGAAACAGCUUUAGACUGAGUGGUGAACAGAAAAGUGAUGCGGAGAGUGGUGGCAUUGGCAGGACGAAUGUAUAUGCUGGUAGUUCAGGAGAGUUCCCAUUGGAAGGUCGAGCUGAGGACUACAUUUCGUCGUCCGUUGUAUCCCCCGACUGUCAUGUGUCACAGCAUAGAAGCCCCAAUGAGGCUGCCAUUGUGUAUGGAUGA